GUCUAGCCAGAGUCAGUGUGGCUGCGGCCGCUGAACGUGGUGGGUGUGUCCCUUCGCGCUCCGGGAUUGUAAAUGCCAUUUCAGUACACGGAAUUAUCCAGCGAUUGUAAAGCUCUCGACAUCAGUAAAACCGUAAAUACACAUAUCUUUCCGCGCACUGUAAUAAAACGUCGAACAAUCCCGAAACAGAAUAAAUGCUAUAAACCCAGAACAACUCGCACAAUGUUCUCGUGAUGGAAAAAAGUCCAACUCGGUGACGAUUUACACCCGUUGCCAAACAAGACGAGACGAAAACGAAAAGAAAGAAAGAGAGAACGAAAGAAAGAAAGAAAGAAAAAAUCAUAACACUGCUUAUACGAACCGGAACUAGGAUCGACGACACACCAGGCGACAAUAGGACAUCAUUCUCCAGGGCGUGAGUGCCAGCCAGGGAUGAGACUCAAGGUGUGAUGUGGGACAGGACAGUGCCGAGUGCCAGUGUUGGAACAGAGUGUUGGCAGCUAAUGUUAGAAAGGCUAAGCAGACAGUGUGUUCCCAGGCUCGACGCUUCCCACAUAGCGAGUGAAAGAACACUCUCCAAGAACUGGCUAAGAGUAUAAUCAUCUCCCGCGAAAACGAGCUUGAAGAUAAGCACAAAGAAGACGGGCGCGACGCGUAGGCAGCCUCCGGCCCUCCCCGCGCAGAGGCCACUCCGAGCGAGGGAACUUCCUCGCUGAUCUCCUGUAGGGCGAGUGGACAGGUACCACGUCCGUUUCAUCCGGUGCAAGACAUCAUAAGCAGCAAACCAAUCAUAUCUUAAUAUUGGCCAUGGUCACGCGCUGGACGCUGUGCUUCUCGGCGUGGGUGUUCUGUUCCUCCCUGGCGGGCAGCGAGUGGGGCGCCUCGGCCAUGUGGGCGGCGGGCAUCAGACAAGACGCAGCGCGGGGCCCCACGGCAGGGUCGGGCGGGGCCACUAUGAUCCAGAAGGACCCCCGCCUCGGGCCUGGCAUGGGCGGCUCGGCGGUGCAGCUGAUGGGCUAUGAAGGGGCGCAGUAUUUCGCCACACAACCCACGCCCCAGACGGCGGUCGUGGGCUCCACCGCCGUCUUACCUUGCAGGGUCAUCAACAAGGUCGGUCACUUACAAUGGACGAAAGACGGCUUCGGAAUGGGCACGGAGCGAGACCUCUUCGGCUUCGCUCGCUACGCCAUGAUCGGCUCGGACGAUGAAGGUGACUUCAGCCUGAGGAUCAAGCCGGUGCUCCUUGAAGACGAUGGCCUCUACCAGUGCCAAGUCUCAGCGAGUGACGGAGUGCCAGGCAUCAGGUCCCAGACCGCCCGCCUCACCGUCUACGUGCCCCCGGAGGCCCCAAGAGUCAAGCCGCCCGUGCUGCAGACGACGGCGGGCAUGACGGUCAACCUCGAGUGUGAGAGCCGAGGAGGAAGGCCGUCCCCGGAGAUCCAGUGGGUGGACGACAGCCAGCGAGAGACGGUCCGCUCAGGGACGAGCCUAUCGACCGAGGUUAUGACCGACGGAAAAAGGGUCAUCGUGCGUUCCCGCCUCGCCUUCACGCCCCGCCGCUCUCACCAUAACUCCACCAUCACCUGCCUCACCUCUCACCAGGCUUUGAGCUCGCCGCUAACAAGCUCCAUUCAGCUCGAGGUUUUAUUUCCGCCUGAAGUUGGCCUCACCGUUCGUCCGCAACUCCUGGUCGAGGGAGACGAUGCGAGCUUUAUCUGCAGCGCCGAAGCCAACCCCAGUGUCAUAACGUACAAGUGGUACCACAACAACCAGGAGCUGGAGAACAAAACCUCCAAGACGCUAAUUCUGCCCAAAAUCUCCAGGAACCUCCACCAGAGCGCGAUAUCAUGCGAGGUCUCCAACAAGGUGGGCACGUCCAAAAAGACCCAGAGCGUGCACGUGCAGUACGGCCCCAUGUUCCGUGCCCUUCCUCGAGACGUGGCGGCCGAGACGGGGAAGCAGGUCGUGCUCAAGUGCGACGUGGACUCCAACCCUCCGUCGUCCAUCGUGUGGCUGCAGGAGGGCUCGGAAAAGAUCAUAGGGUCCGGCGCAGAGCUGCGUGUGGUAGUGGGGCCCUCAACAGCAGGAGUUUACAGAUGCGUGGCGGCCGUGAGAGGGUUCCCUGACCUGCAGGGGCGCCUCAGGGUCCUGGUGAAAGGCCCUCCUCUGAUCGUGAGCUCCAGCGACCAGCAAGGGCGGAUGGGGGACACCGUGACCCUCGAAUGCAACACCGUGUCAAUCCCGAGCCCGAUACGGAUCACGUGGACCUACAGAGGCCGAGAGAUUGAUCUUAGUGAUCCUCGCUACGAGGUGGUGGAGGACGAGCAGGAGGAAGGAUUUAGAAAUAUUCUGGUGAUCCACGACGCAGACACGCAUGACUUCGGCUCCUACAACUGCUCGGUGGUGAACGAGUACGGCGUCGCGAGGAAGCAGAUCAGGCUGAACGAAGAGAAGAGAGUGCCGAUGCUGAUGCUGGUGGGCGGGGCCGUCGUGUUCGCCCUCGUCGCCGCCGUCGUCAUCUCGCUCGUCCUCUGCAACAAGCGCCAUUCGAACAGCUCCGGCUCUCCCGUGCCCGAAAAACCUCCUGCAGCGACCGUAGUGACAGGCCCUACCGUCGCCAACAUGUAUUCCGCGCCCUCCGACACCAAGCUCUCCUCUGACCUCACGCCCACGCCCUCCAAUCGACCCUACGACGAACUCACGCCCACGGAAGACUCAAACGCAAGGGCGGCCCACACGCUCAACAGACUCAGCGAGGACUCAGCCCAGACCUUCAUUCCUGAUCCUGACGCCGACGGUGGGCGGGGCUACGUUCCCUUCGUGGACUACAGUGGCCGCGACUACGCCCCCGUGCCCAACGGGCGCCGGGCCUCCUUCGGCGACCUCGACACCUACAGCACGCCGACGCCCCCGUCCUCCACGGCGUCGGACUACUGCACCAUCAAGCGGGGCUCUCGCGGCCACGGCCCGCCAGUCGGCAACGGCACGGGCGUCGCCGGCACCAACUUCGCCGAGUCGCCCACGCUGAGACACAACGGCACGGGCCCCGCGGCGCCGCGCCACUCGUCGCCGUACUCGCCGCACCGCAACAAUUCGUACGGGUCGCCGCCGCCGCCGCCGUACCCGCGGGGGGGAGGGGGCAAGCUCGACUCACCUCGGGGCAACGCCUCGCCCACGGGCACCGCCUCCCUCACGCGGACCAACUCCGUGGCUCACGCGGACGAACGCUGUUCGCCCGAGACCAAAUACAUCUUUUCUCCCGAAGCCAUGAUGAAGCCCGGCACGCUGGUGUAACUCAGGCCCUUGGUGUGUCCUUCCUGUCCUGCAAGUGUGCUGGCCGAGGGACCACGGGAGCGAGGGUGGGGGGGACCCUUUUGACUAGCUGGAUCUCAAUGCUGUGACUUUCCUGCUGCUCGUAGAUGAAGAUUAAGGUGCCUCACUUAAGAUCAAGUGUCCCAGGCUGACCUCCCAGCGUCCUGCCGCAAAGAGACAACCGAUUUAGUAACCAUUCCGCCUCAUGUUGCACUGACGCACCACAGGAAAAAGGGCAACAUUCACACCAGACAUACGCGAUCCACACUUGCAACAGUUUCCUCUAUUUUCUUGAUAGUUCCACACCAUCCAGGUCAGGCAGUCGAUAAAAAGGUGCUACAAGCCAGGCCAAGGUUCGAGCUAGCCGUGUAUGACAUAUCAUAUUCACAACAGUGUUUGUGUUGUUUUAGCAUCAAGGUAACUGUACCUCUGUCCCUAACAUAUCAUCCAACCAUAUGGAUGGCAGGUUUAUUACACACCAAGCAUAGUUCUGUUUAGACCCUUGGCGUUAUAUAGACUGCCAAUUGGGUAUUUGUCAAAUUAGCUGUUGUUAUCAAAGCUAAAUAACCGCUGCUGACCCAAACUUUUUGACAAACCUAAUGAAACAUUAUAAUGUCUAUGUCUUGCCAAGAAAAGAGCGUAAUAUUCUCUUGACAUACCAAGCAGAAGAACCUGGCACUUUACCACACCAAGCAAAAGAACAUAACAUACUGGACGUACCGACUCAAAGAUUUUAACACUAUCAUUUAUCAAGCAUAAUUGCCUGAUCCAUUAUACAUGCUGUCCAUACACACCUACACUCGCUUUCCAACAUUUCCAAACCCUGCUGGAGGAAGGUCCCAACUCACGCUGGUUGCAUCCGAACUCACACCGACCGGACAGUCUAUUCCUGGAUCCUGGGUACUGAUAAUGAAUAGACAACUUUUAUACUCUAGCGUUAUUCAAGACUUUUUAUUAUCAGGUCUUCCAGAUGUCUUAUUGCUUUUAUAAAAAAGAAUGUUACUUUAAAAUGACAUUUUAUAUUUUUAUAACACUUGCGCUACUCUAGAGGUAGUUUUAGACGUAAGAGAGUCCCCACUCUGUAUAUCAUUAUGAGAUAGAUCGUUUGGGCAUUGCUAUAUACUGUAAAUGGCCAACUGCUUCAUGGCUGUGAAAUGUUGGGUAGUGGCUAUAUACCUUCACCGUGUAAAUACAAAAAUAUAUAGUAUUUACGGAUGUUCUAGUAAAAAAAAAAAGUAAAUAAAAAGACACAUGUUUGGUAUAAAGAUUUAGAACUGGUACUA